AUGCGGAAUGCGAUUUUCCCGCGCGUGGAUUUUCUGCGCUACUUGAAGAAAAUCCACGUGAGCUACUGUCCGGCGCGGUCGCAGACGGAAGUCGCCAAGCAGCUGAUCAUGCGCGUGACGUCGGAGUCGGUCAAGAAGAAGUUUCCGCACCUCCAGACCUCGUGGGAAAUGCUGGCGUACGACGCCCCAGCCACGGUCGAGGUGGAGCUGCUUGACGGCCGCAGGAUCCGGAGGAUUAUUGACGGAUACAGCAAACCGGAGAAGAAGAAGAUCAUAGACGACUGGCGAUUCGCAGCCAACAUGGAGCCUUGGCCUGAGGUCCUCGCGCCGCAGCCGCGCGGGGCGCCGAGCGGCGGAGCCGCACCGCGGCCUGAAGCGUCUGCUGUGGACGCCAAAGCCCAGGAGGGCACUAAGUGA